AAUGAAGAAAGAACAAUGGCCAACCUGACAGUCCCAAAACACAGCGGCUAAUAGAGACUGUCAGCCAGAAGGGAGCGAGAGAGGGAAGAGAAGGGGAGAGGCUGAGGUAGAAAACAGCUGUCUUAUAAAGAUACGGACGAAAUAAAAAAAACACACAUCUAAUAAUCAGUCAGAUAAACGGUACAUAUUAUCGGUAGGGUAUAGUCAUAACAUCGCGAUGACUAACAACGGGUCGCGUAUAAGUAAAUAAAUAAAUAAGAAGGACGUGAGCGUCAUCUGCAGUGUGUAGCAUCUACAUCUACUUGCACCACCUGAAGACAACGACCGACACUAGCUGCUGGGAAAUAAAGAAACGGGGGGGAAACGACGGAGAAGAAGGACGACAGACGAUAUUGAGGAAGACUAUCGACUUUCUUGUGAUUCAAGUCAUUGAACGGCGGUUUGGUGUAUUUGAGCGCGAGGAGGUAGAAGAGGGUAUCUGUGCUGCAGCGGCCGCCGUGAUGCUGUGCACAUGUAGGCACGUUUGAGGCAGUUCAUCCCCGCCCUGCGUGGAUCAGAACCCGACCGACGGUACAAUAACGGAAUUAACAGGGGGACAUUGGGUGACUCUGAUAAGGACUUGAGGCGCAGAGCUGGUGACUGGUAAUGUGACGAUAACCUCAAACGAAUAAGUGAUGCAUUUGUACCUGUGUAAAGGAGUUAUAUGACAGGAUUUUAUAAUCGCGUAUUUGUUUUCAAUGUUGAACGAUUGGCCCGCGAUGAACGGAUAGCAGAAUGAUUAUUACACCCCAUUUUAAAUUCGGUACCGAUGUAUUCCUCUAACCUAUAAAUAUUUAAAUAAAUACCGAGUUUAGGCCGAUGACGACAGUACGACAGAGAUGUCUUUAUUGUAGCAAUUUCUGUUCACCCUGAUGUCUCUUAAUUAAGACAUAAGUAAUCGGAUCCCCCUUGUGCUUAUUUACGAUUGUAAUUUCGUUUUUGAUGGGGUUUAAUGUGACACAAGCAAGAGACGCGUCAAAUUGAACAGAGAUAGCUUUUACGAGCUCUCCACCAUCUCUCUAUCCGUAUUUGGACCAGGUUAGAUAACUUCAGUCAAUCUUCGCUCGAUCAUUUGACUAUCUCCAUUCAAGAAACACACAUUGACUCAGUAAGAAGGUGAAUAAAGACUCUAAGCUUAGAAGAGCCUGUUCUCGCCAUUGGCUCCGUCCUCACACAAUCAUCUUUCGAGCACCGCCGCUGCAGCUAUGGAGACCCCAACGAAGCUACCUCCGUCGAGCCCAUCAUCGCCGACCACGGGCUUCUCAGUGCCGAGCGCGGAGAAGGUAGACGGCUUUCCCCGCCGCUCGAUGCGCCGUGCGCGGCAGCGACGGUCCCAUAGCUCCUCACAGUUCCGCUAUCAGAGCUCCCAGGUGGAGCUCACGCCGCUGCCCUUACUUAAAGAUGUCCCAGUGGCCGAACUUCACGACUUGUUCUGUAAGAAGCUUCAACAGUGUAGUGUGCUUUUCGACUUUCUGGACUGCGUCGCCGACCUAAAGGGAAAAGAGAUCAAACGUGCGGCGCUCAACGAGCUGGUGGAGAGCGUGGCCACCAGCCGCGGGGUCCUCAUCGAGCCCCUUUACCCAGAGGCUAUUAAAAUGAUCUCAGUGAACAUUUUUAGAACUCUCCCACCCAGUGAGAACCCGGAGUUUGACCCAGAAGAGGAUGAACCAGCUCUGGAAGCUUCCUGGCCGCAUUUACAGCUGGUGUAUGAGUUCUUUUUACGCUUUCUUGAGAGUCCAGAUUUCCAGCCGUCUCUUGCCAAGCGCUAUGUGGACCAGAAAUUCGUUCUGCAGCUGCUGGAAUUAUUUGACAGUGAGGACCCAAGAGAGAGAGAAUAUCUGAAGACCAUAUUGCACCGUGUCUACGGCAAACUCCUGGGCUUGAGGGCCUACAUCCGCAAACAGAUCAACAAUAUCUUCCUCAGGUUCAUUUAUGAAACUGAGCGUUUCAACGGAGUCGCUGAACUUCUGGAGAUUUUGGGGAGUAUCAUAAAUGGCUUUGCUCUGCCCCUCAAAUCAGAGCAUAAGCAGUUCCUGGUGAGGGUCCUGAUCCCCCUGCACACUGCCAAGUCUCUCUCUAUUUUCCAUGCGCAGCUGGCUUACUGUGUGGUGCAAUUCAUGGAGAAGGAUGCCACAGUUACAGAACAUAUCAUCAGGGGGCUGUUGAGAUACUGGCCCAAAACAUGCACUCAGAAAGAGGUGAUGUUCCUGGGAGAGAUCGAGGAGAUUCUGGAUGUGAUUGAACCAUCUCAGUUUAUCCGGGUGCAGGAGCCUCUGUUCAAAGAGAUCGCUGCCUGCAUCUCCAGCCCUCAUUUCCAGGUUGCAGAGCGGGCUCUGUAUUUCUGGAAUAAUGAGUACAUUCUGAGUCUUAUAGAGGAGAACUGCCAGGUCAUUCUGCCUCUGGUGUUCGGCACUCUGUACAGAGUUUCCAAAGAGCACUGGAACCAGACGAUCAUCUCUCUUAUCUACAAUGUACUGAAGACAUUCAUGGAGAUGAACAGCAAGCUCUUUGAUGAUCUCACUGCCUCGUACAAAGUGGAGAAACAGAAGGAGCUGAAGAAAGAAAGGGAGCGAGCUGAGCUGUGGAGGAAUUUGGAGGAGAAGCAGGAAAGCCGCCUGCAGAGCCUGGCCGAGGCCAGCAGAAACCAGAAGAACCUGCAAGAAAGAGAGAACGCCACCAGGAGCCAAUCAGAGACCAGCACUACCAAUACCACCUAGAAACCACACGCAAACACAAACACACACUCACUCAAAAAUAUCACAGCACUGUAAAAUGAUCAAUAUUUCUGACUUCGGAACCAAUCGAUGCCUCAAUCUCACACACACAAAAAAACACACACACCAUGCAAACAGUCCGAUUCCAAGUGCCAGACAGAGCACAUAUACAACAGGCAGUCCAUAUGUAGAUAUUUGACACACACUGAAGCACACAUCACACCCCGAGUGAGACAUACUGUAAAAGAAAAAAAUAGUACCUCUCACAUGCGUCCUACUCUUUCAUAUGCUUCAUUCACGCUUUUCACACUCUCUGCAUCUUUUAUUUGUAUUCUAACACACACCUAUAUCAUAAACCUUACCGUGCAAAAUGUACCUGCCCAGGGUUCAGACGUGGAAGCCGCACGCGCACACUCAAAUUCAAAAACACUUAUGCAUCGUACAUUGCCGUCAUUCCAGAACUGGUUCUGUUUCUCUCGGGCGCGAUCCGAGCCCCCGUCUACCGACCAACAGACUCUUGCAUAAAGUCAAACACUGAAGAGGAAAGUUACUAAUGAUUCUAAAGAUGAAAAUUCUAGUAAUGAUUCUAAUGUUCCUACUUCUACAGCUUAUUCUAUAAGUACUACUUCUAUGCUCCUAUAACUGAUGUUUUUAUAUAUAUAUAUAAUAUAUAUAUAUAUAUCUAUAAAUAUGAUAUCUAUGUCUGAUUAUAGUGUUGGUGGGGGUAAACUAGUGUAGCACCUCAUAAACAUGACUGAAGUAUGCUGCUAGGUAAAACUAAACAUGUUAUGAAGUGACAAUACUUUAGUCUGUUAUUAUCUUGUUUUUUUAUGAAAACACUCAUCACAUUUUAAUUUAGCAAUAUUGUUAUCUGUUUGAAUAAUCUAUGUUGGCCGAUUUUUAUUUAUUUGUUUUUUCAAUCAAAAUGCUUGUUGGCAAUCUUGUGUUUCAGUAUAAUUUUAAGAGAGAACAGAGUUCUGUUCUUUCUUGUUUUUUGUACAUUUGUUUUUUGUUGUUUAUAUUUAUUAAUGUGGAGGCUUGAUAAUGGAAAGGAACUGGUUGUGUAGCCAUCUCAAGAAAGCCUAGGAAGAGAUUGCGCUGUGUGUGAGAGUGUGCUCGUAUGUUUGGAUGUUGUAGAGCAGAGGUUUAGUGAAGAACAGGGAUUAGAUGAGAAUGUAACAUUCACUUUGAUUGUGCUUAAAUGAACUCAAAUGAACUGCCACUGUCCAUGAUUGAUUUCAAUAGUCUCUCUCAUUUACCAAGAAAAACAUGAAAAUAGCAAACAAUAUCAUUCUUGUUCUCCUUCUAAAGAAAGUCUUCACUCUGACAGAACCGGUAUUUGCGAAACAUCACAUUUCAUAUGAGCAAACGAAAGAAAGAAAUGAUAUAGAAUAGAGACGGCAAUAAAUAUGGACUGAAACUGUAUGCAGAAGUAGCAUCAAUAGAGUUGCACUGUCCUUUUGAUCAAUGUCUUGUGUUUAAACAUAGCAAUGUAUUUUUGGGGGAGCGAUGGGGGGCUUUGGGAUAUGAAUGUAUAAAAGUGGGAUGUAAACAUGAA